GGGCAGGUCUCGCUUCUCCCAGCACAAUCGCUCCGAACGAGGCGAGUCACACCGUGUUCGCGGUAUCAACCUCCAAACCUAUGGCUCCUAGAAUGCCUGGCGCUAUCCCAAAACAACAUCCAGAGGAAAAAGCCACACGAAAGGAAAAAUACAAAUUAAUGAAGCCAAUUGUGGAGAAGAAACGCCGAGAUCGUAUAAACAGCAGCAUCGGGCAACUCAAGUCUUUGCUGGGGGAAGAGUUUCAGAACGGAGAGCCAAACAUGAAAAUGGAAAAAGCUGACAUUUUGGAGAUGACUGUGAAUUACCUGAAACUUCAUAGUCAACGCAUGUUUACAGUGACCUACAACAAGAGUCUAACUCACAAUUUUAAGGAAGGAUACACACGCUGUCUGCAGGAGAUACAGCAUUUUACCUUCGCCCCGGAAAGCAAGAUCGACGUUCAGAAUAAACUGGUCAAGUAUUUGCACAAAGCUUAUGAUCUGCCCAAUGGCUCGAGGCCAAUUUCUUCUCUCGUGCAUCCUUCUGUGUGUCCACCGGGCACCAAAAAGGAAGUUAAAUCCAAAGUCACGGCGCUCUGGAGACCCUGGUAGAAUUCUAACUUCAGCAGAUGUUUGCCAGAAGGAUGUUUUAUCAAGCGCCAGGGAUGUACUCUGGUGUAAGCAGUAUUCUACAAUGGAAGAAAUAACAUCGACCACUCUUCGUUGAAGGAGAUGGACAUUUUUUUAAUAUAUGAUUUAUUUAAUUUUAAAUUAUGUAAAUAUUCCGCUGUAAUUGUAGAUGGUGAAAAUCAUACCUGAGCUGACAGUCGACUCGGUGGUUGUGCUGCCUAUUGUUAUAUGCAGAACUGCCUGUUGUUCUUUUAUAAAGGAAUGUCGCUGGUGUGUUGCUGGUAGUCUUCUUGUUGAGGAAUAUUUGCAUCGUUUUAAAGGAUGUUCGUUGUUUGUAUGUAUGUUUACAUAUCAUGAUAUACACGAGUGUAUCAGUGAAUUGCAAUAUAGUGAGCUUUUCAAAACUCCGCUAUAAAUUAAUUGGAUGUUUUAAGUACUCUUGAAAUGAUGGGAAUUCUACUACUGGAUUUCAUUUUCAAAGUGGAAAUGAGUUAUACAUUUCCAAUAUUUCCUGGAUAAUAUUGCAACUUAUUGUUACCUAUCUCAUGUAUGAAUAUCUGCAUUGCAGCAAUGUGAAACCGGAAGGUGGCCUUAUUCUCAGUUCUAUAUUUAACUGCAUUGUAACAAUGCUGAUCUAAGUAUAUUGUCAUAUUAUUAUUUUUGUUUGUAAAUAAAAUAUUGUGUACCACAAUUUAAUUCCAUGUUAAAAUUAUGAUUUUUAUUUUAUUUUCAAAUAAACAAUUGUAU